AUGGCUGUCGUUGACAGCGCUUGCGAAUAUGUUCUUGUUGAUGUGGGGGCUGAGGGCCGGCAAAGUGACGGAGGCAUAUUUAAGAACAGUAAAUUUGGCAAGGCUCUUACUGAUGGCAAUCUCAACAUACCCUCACUUGGUGUGCUUCCUGGGACAAGGACAGCUGUGCCUUAUGCCUUUGUUGAGGAUGAGGCAUUUCAGCGCCGAAGAGACAUUAUGCGCCCAUUUCCAGAAAAGCACCCCGAGGACGAGCGAAGGGUAUUCAACUAUAGGUCGAGCCGAGCGAGACGAUACGCUGAAAAUACGUUCGGCAUCACAGCAGCAAGAUGGCGUAUCAUUCUUCGAACCGUCAAUUUGAAACCCGAACAUGCGGACUACGUUGUUAAAACUGCCUAUGUCCUCCACAACUUCCUCACUGUCCACAACCCAUUGUCUGAGAAAUGCAAUGACCACGUGGACAUGUAUGGCAAUGUUGUGGCAGGACAGUGGCGCCGAGGCAUUCCAGACGAAGUGAUGGAGAACAGAGUGACAUAG